GGUUGUGCUGAGGCCUCUGCGAGCAGAGAGGUGCCGUCUGCUCGCCAUGAUCGAAGUGGUGGCCAAGCUGGUCCGUGGUCCGGUCUUCCUGGCUGGUGAAGCUUUGGAGUGCAUAGUGACUUUCACCAACCCGUUGUCGGCCCUCUCUACCUCCGCCAGCAGUGAGACGCUCGCCUGGGCCAGCGCUCAGAUCCAUUGCCAGUUUCAUGCCAGUGACAGCAGAGUCCAGCUACCAGCCAGCGAGGAGCCCAGACAGGAUGUCCAGGCUGAGAAUGAAACUGUCUUCAUCCCCAACAGAGGUGAGCGGGGCCAGUGUAUCCUCUCCACACCACCCAAAAUCCUGUUCUGUGACCUGCGCCUGGACCCCGGAGAGACCAAAUCCUACUCCUAUAGUGAGACUCUUCCUCUGUCAGCUCCGCCCUCCUUCCGGGGUCAGUCCGUCAAAUACGUCUACAAGCUGACCAUUGGCUGCCAGCGAGUCAACUGCCCCAUCCAGCUUCUGCGAGUCCCGUUCCGGGUCCUGUUAUUGUACGCCCUCCAGGGUUUCCAGCCGCUGCAAGAGGACGAGGUGGCUCCUUCUAAUCCCUUCCUGGACGAUGAUGAAAUCUCUAAGAAGGACUCGCAUCUCCUGGACUCCGCUGUGGAGAUUCUCAUGGCUGUGACAUCACGGAGGACAUUACAUCAGUAUAACAUCAGUAACGCACGCGGCCGGGUCGGAACGUUCUGUAUCUUUAAGUCGAUGUAUAAGAUCGGAGAAGACGUCAUCGGCACCUUCAACUUUUCCGAUGGAGAGAUUCCCUGCUUGCAGUACUCGGUGUCCCUCUCUCUCCGGUGGCGCCUGCACUUUGAAUUUGUCACUGCCCGGGAACCUGUGGAAACGCCCACCGUACCAGAGAACCAAUCAGAGGUCAUCACAUGGACGGGAGCGGAGCACAUAGACGUGGACACAUUUAGCUGGGACCUGCCCAUCAAAGUUCUGCCCACCAAUCCGUUACUGGCCUCUUACGUAUCUCCAGCCUCCUGGUCCCAUUCCAUCUGUAUCUAA